AUGUCGGCUUUUAGUCCCCAGCUGCCGACAUCGGCCGUUGACAUCUGUAGGUUUCGGCUGGCCGAAGAGAAGGAGCCGGUGCCCUGCAUGGCGACCUUGUUCUACCGCACACGGGACUACUUGAGUGCCGAGUUCUGGGAGGAGAUGCAGAUGGACCAGAUCCGCCAAAUUUGCGACAUUGUAGCGGAAGAGUACCUGGGCGCUGGCCCAGGGGUUCAGCUCAUGGUUCAUCAUGGUGCACCCUGGGCCAUGGGUCUUGAGGUCGGAGAACACCGACUCCUAGCUGAAGUCGAGGCUUUGUUGGGGGCCUUUAACUUCUUCGGGCCGCAGAGGGCGGGCAUGCUACAAGGUGCCGUGAAGUUGGGAGAUCGGGAUGGUUUUGUCGUUAUUCUGAGCUUCGUUUACAAAGCGCAGGGUCGUCCAAUUGGAGGCUAUCCUCAAAUCUCCAUGACUUGUGGAAUGCGCGUAACGAUUCCCGCAGCUGCGAUGUUCGAGUUACGUCCCCGACCCAAAUCGGCGCUGCAUACCAAGCCGGUGAGCGCCAUGAUGAGGGGCAUCGAGCCGCGGGAGGAAGGCCGCGUCCAUGCAGACUUCAGUGUUGUCGAUCCUUUGGACCAGAUGGGUGCAUUCCUGGUGCAUUUUGAAUCGGACUUACACUAUCAGCUCAAGGAGUUGCAGGACCUGGUGGAGACACGCUUCAACGAGCAGGCCUCCAUCUUGAGACGCCUUGAGGUGGGGCCCAAGUCGAGUCUCUUCUCCGGAGCGCGCUUCUCCAGUGGACCCGUCCAGGUGAGCUUCACUGACGAGGAGACCAAGGACACCAAGAAAUCAGAGCACCUCGACAAACACCACAGCUGUCGAUGGUAUCAGUCGCCAAUUAUGGUGAGCCCGAGGGAAGAGCCGGUUUCCAAAGAAACUUUGGCAGAGAUUGGAGUCGUUGGUGAGGUGGAGCCUGCCGAGCUUGCAGCGCCUGCGCCGCCCGCGCAUGGACCAACCUUCAAGGGAGAGGAGCGGAUCUCGGCCCUUUCGACGCCAUCCAGGGGGGUGAGUCAUUCCUCCGCAGGUCCUCCGGGUCGAAGCUCCAGAACUUCCAGGACAUCUGCCAGCUCCAGCGCUUUUGGAGGAGCUUGGGGCAGCCUUUCCAGCUAUGUUUGGGAGGAUGGCAACAAAUUCCGGGAGAAAGCAAAGAUGCAAGCCGUGCGCCUGCGCGCCAGCCGUGGCGAAUCUUUGCGGGGCACAGCGAAAAGAGCAAUGCCUUGCAUGUUGUGGUCCAACCAUGUGGUUUCAUCCCCAUGGUUCACCAAUGGCAUUAUGCUACUCAUCCUGAUCAACGUGGUGCUGCUUGGUGUGGAAGUUGACAUGGCGGCAGGCCUCGGGAUGCAGGAAGUGCCGGGAUGGCUCAGCGUGGCCAAUGCCUCCUUCGUGGCCAUUUUCCUGUUGGAGCUAAUCCUGCGCUAUUCUGCAGUGGGCUGGAGCGGCUUCUGGUGUGGAGAGGAUUCAUCUUGGAAUAUUUUCGACUUCAUUGUCAUCGCAGUUUCAGUGAUCGAUGUUUGUCUGGAUUAUCUGGCGGUGAUUUUGUCCUCUUCGGUCAACACCGGGCAACUCCGCCUGGUGCGUUCCAUCCGGCUGGCGCGCGCCUUGCGGGGCAUCCGCAUCGUGUGGCUCUUCGAAUAUGUGGGCGCCUUAAGGACCUUGGCGCUGUCCAUCGUCAGCACCUCUGGGUCUCUCUUCUGGACCAUCGUGAUUCUCGUCAUCCUGGUCUAUUCCUUUGGGGUUGUGACCACCCAGCUGGUCAUUGAGCACUGCCGCGAUCUGGCGGUGGAGGCUCUCCAGGACGCUUUUUCUUCAGGGAUCAGAUGGAUGUCCAUGGCGUAUCCGAAGGAUUUGCAACCAUGUUCAUUUGCAAUCAUUUGCAGACACCCAGAGUGGUACGUGUCACCGCAAGCUACCAGAUCAUUGUGCUGUUUGCAGAACAAGAGUACUGCAAAUCGAUGCCGAAGGGGACGCAUGUCAUUCAAGACUUUGCUGUAUCCUCUAAACCAAGAAAAGGUUUGCUCAGCUAUGGAGGUGUUCAAGUUCUUGAUGCGUUUCUUGAGGCUCGGUCCAUGACAAGGAGACAGCUGAGAUUGUAUGAUGAGGAGCCAUUUUCCACGAAGAACCACAGGUUCAUCCUCAUCUUCAGACACUAGAUCAAUGAGGCCAUAGUUCAUUGGUCUGGUUGCGGUUGCGUGAGUUUCCUCCUUGAUAGCGGGCAAGGAUUCUGGGACCUUUCUUGCCUUCUUGGGAGGGGACAUGUCCAAGUCAAUGCAAGCACCAGGGAUGCCAUCACGCAAAGUCUGGCGAAAGAAGGAGCUUUCUCGUUUGAUGGCUGG